CUGCAGCGCUUGUGCUCCGGAGCGGGACUGGAACACCAGAUCCCAACAUGCCUUCCGAGACGCCCCAGCUGGACAAGGGCUCCACAGGGUGCCCCCACCUCUCCGGGGACACAGAAACCAAGGGGCGCCAGUGGAUACGGCCAGACACCCCGAGCAGGUGCUCCUGGCAGCUGGGCCGACCCGUGUCCGAGUCUCCACAUCGCCAUGUCACCCCGGCGAGUCCCCCCAAGAUCCUGCCUGACAUCCUGAAAAAAAUCGGGAACACACCCAUGGUGAGGAUCAACAAGAUCGGGAAGGACUUUGGCCUCAAGUGUGAGCUGCUGGCCAAGUGCGAGUUCUUCAACGCGGGUGGGAGUGUGAAGGACCGGAUCAGCCUGCGCAUGAUCGAGGACGCCGAGCGGGCCGGUUCCCUCAAGCCUGGUGACACCAUCAUUGAGCCCACGUCCGGGAACACCGGCAUUGGGCUGGCCCUGGCGGCUGCUGUGAAGGGUUAUCGCUGCAUCAUCGUGAUGCCUGAGAAGAUGAGCAACGAGAAGGUGGAUGUCCUGCGGGCCCUGGGUGCCGAGAUCGUGCGAACCCCGACCAGUGCCAGGUUCGACUCCCCCGAGUCGCAUGUGGGUGUGGCCUGGCGGCUCAAAACUGAGAUCCCCAAUUCUCACAUCCUGGACCAGUACCGCAACGCCAGCAACCCUCUGGCCCACUACGACACCACAGCCGAGGAGAUCCUGCAGCAGUGUGACGGAAAGCUGGACAUGCUGGUGGCCUCGGCGGGCACAGGCGGCACCAUCACGGGCAUUGCCAGGAAGCUGAAGGAGAAGUGUCCUGGUUGCAAAAUCAUCGGGGUGGACCCCGAGGGCUCCAUCUUGGCGGAGCCCGAGGAGCUGAACCGGACGGAGCUGACGGCCUAUGAGGUGGAGGGCAUCGGCUACGACUUUGUGCCCACCGUGCUGGACAGGGCGGUGGUGGACAAGUGGAUCAAGAGCAGUGACGAGGAGUCCUUCGCCAUGGCCCGCAUGCUCAUUGCCAAGGAGGGGCUGCUGUGCGGCGGCAGUGCAGGCAGCACUGUGUCGGCGGCGGUGAAGGCAGCCCAGGAGCUGCGGGAGGGUCAGCGCUGUGUGGUCAUCCUGCCCGACUCGGUGCGCAACUACAUGUCCAAGUUCCUGAGCGACAGGUGGAUGCAGCGGAAGGGCUUCCUGGCGGAGGAGGCGCUGGCGGGGAAGAAGCCCUGGUGGUGGCACGUGCAGGUACGGGAGCUGAGCCUGACGGCGCCGCUGACGGUGCGGCCCACGGUGACGUGCGAGCAGACCAUCGCUGUGCUGCGGGACAGGGGCUUCGACCAGGCGCCCGUGCUGGACGAGUCGGGGGUGAUCCUGGGGGUGGUGACUCUCGGGAACAUGCUGUCGUGUCUGCUGGCCGGGAAGGCGCAGCCGGGAGACCAUGUCCGGAGCGUCCUCUACAAGCAGUUCAGACAGAUCCACCCGUCAGACCCCCUGGGCCAGCUGUCCCGCAUCCUGGAGACGGACCACUUCGCCCUGGUGGUCCCAGAGCAGGAGCCAUCGCAGGACCUGGCCCGGUCAGGACAGGUUGGGGGAGCUGCAGAACGCGGCCACAACCCUAGCGUGCUUGCCGUGGUGACGGCCAUCGACCUGCUCAACUUCGUGGCAGCUCGAGAGAGGGAGCAGAAGAGGUCGGGGAGCGCCUAGGACAGAUCCCAGCCCCGUGGCCCCGGACGCUCCUGCCCGAUGGUUGGGGUCCUCUCACUUCCCCUCGACACGGCCACAAGAUAAUCUUAGUAACGAAGAUGGUGAGCCCCCCUGUGCCUGGCAGGAGCUCAGAGCUGAGAAGCAUUUAAAAGGGGGUGAAGGCUGCUGGGUGAUGGGGCAGAGCCUCG